AUGGCCGCCAACGCUGAGGUGCCUAUGCUGGACGCCUUAAAACGACGGGCUUUUUCAAUCGCCGUGGAUGGGACCAGCAACAGGGAUUCACAACUGUAUCCCAUUGUUGCGACCUAUUACGUUGAAGAGACGCGUAAGGUAGAAAGCCGCCUUCUGUGCCUUGAAACAAUCGAAGGAGAAGCAUCCGGUCGUAAGAUUGGAAAUUUGAUCCUGGACGUGCUGAAGUCCCGGGAUUUACCGAUAGCAAAUUGCUUGGCUAUGUCUGCUGACAAUGCAAAUGUCAUGAUCGACAAGAAAAUCGGUGUCGCCGCAGUCUUGAAAGAGGCUCAGCCAAAUUUGAUUGUAGUUGGUUGUCCGUGCCAUCUGAUCAACUUAGCCGCCCGGAAAGGUGCUGCAUGUUUUCCUGUGAAAGUUGAUGAGAUUUUGGUAGACGUUUUCUUCUACCUAGAGAAGAGUGUGAAACGUAAGGAUCGACUGAAAGAUUUUCAAAGGAUACAUGACAUCGAAGUCAGAAAGGUCUUGAAGCAUGUGCCAACACGCUGGCUGUCUUUGGGAAAGUGCCUGAAGAGGCUGCUUGACCAGUGGGAACCACUUCUAAGCUUUUUCUUGAGCGAAACAAAGAAAUGCGAGAACCGAAGCUCGUUGUUUUGGACACAGGCUCCCAAGACCCCAGCACAGGCUCCCAAGACCCCUGCACAGGCUCCCAAGACCCCUGCACAGGCUCCCAAGACUGCUGCACAGCUUCCCAAGACUAGGGUCAUGAAGGAAAGGAAAGUGCUGAUGGUGCUGGAGAUGGACCCUCACUAA